UAUAUAUACACACGAAACACUUUCAAACACCCCUUCCCCUCCUCCGGUCCACUCAACGGGGCCAAAAAAAACACAUACACACAGUCCUUGCUUUCUCACUGGAACCUUUUAUAUCACUCUCCGUUCAACUUUCUCUCUUCUCCGACCACUCUCCGGCGACUUCACUUUUCACGCCAAUCAAAGGCUCAAACUUCAUCUAAAAUUCCAUCAAAUUUCACUCAAAACUCUCGUUGAUAGAACAUUUACUACUUUGAAUGCGAAGCAAUUUGCUGUUAUCUUCCCUUUCAACGGACUCUCCGGCGAGUUUUGAGUUGUUCCGGUGAGUCUCCAGUGACGCUGACUGUUUUUGGUAGUUUUAUGUGAUGAUUUUGAAAGUUUUUCGGUCUAUUUUCGUAUGCUAGGGGUUUCGCAGUAUUGUUUAAACAUAGAGAGAGAAAAUUUUGGAGAGAGAGAGUGAUUGGUGGCGUUUCUGAUGCUACUACUGACUCAAAUCCCUAAGCCCUUUUCAACAAAAAGCGAAGAGAGAGACUAUUUCAGAGAGAGAAAGUUUUAGCUUUGAAUCAACACUUCCUUUCGAGUUUUGGAGGUAGGGCUUUGAAGAGCUCCACUAAAGCUUGAGAUUAGUAUUGUGAUGCAGAGUAAAAAUUCAUUUGAGAAGAAGUGAUUACGGGAGAGAUGAUGGAACACAAAAGGAGCCCCGUCUCUGUUGAUCAAGGCAGUCUCACUUCUCUUGCACCUAAACGACACAAGGCCAAUAUGUCCAUCUCUUCCAAGGAGAGAAAAGAGAAGGUUGGCGAACGAAUAACAGCUCUUCAACAGAUUGUUUCACCAUAUGGGAAGACAGAUACGGCUUCUGUCCUUUUGGAGGCAAUGGAAUAUAUUCAGUUUCUCCAUGAACAAGUGAAGGUGUUGAGUGCUCCAUACAUCCAGAGUACCCCCGCAGCAGAGAUGCAGGAAUUGGAGCCAUACAGCCUUAGAAGCAAAGGCUUAUGUCUUGUGCCAAUUUCAUUGACUUUUGGAGUUGCUAGCAGCAAUGGUGCUGAUAUCUGGACACCCAUCAAGAACAGUUCCCCGAAAUUUUAGAAGGCUAUCUUGCAUGAAACAGUUGCACGAUUCGUCAUUAAGUAACAAAAGGGUUUCGGAUUUGGUAGAUAUGGUUCGUAGAGGGUGGCCAAACUUUUUUCUGAACGCGGAUAUGCUAAUUCCUAACAAAUAUCCAGCAAGGUGCACUUGAUAGGAUUUCAGGUAGGAGCAACUUAUCAAAUUUCUUACGGUGAACUCUUCAGAACGGAACCGGCUGCUGUUUCAAAUCAAUUUGGUUUGAAAAUGGUAAUGAUACAAUAGGUGUAUGUAUUCUAAUAUUUUGGGAAAUCAUAUGUUGAUGGACAUGGAGUUGUCUAAUGACUUCAGCAGUAAAUGUAUUUAGGAAGGGCAGUGUCGUAAUAUGUAUAAAUGGCUGCCUGGUUUAUGAAUCUAGAUUACUGUAAUUGAUCUGUCCCUUUCCCUUAGCCCCUUACAGGGAUAAUAUUCUGUUUGUGUAAGUCAAGAAGAAAAUGAAUGGUACUUGAUUAGAAGAAAA